AGAGCCGUAGAUGUUGGCUCGGUCAUCUGAUCAGCUGUGUCCAAUCACAGCUGAUCUCAUGUAAAUAGGGAAAUGCCGGUUAUCGGCAUUUCUCUCCUUACGAGCUGUCAUGAUGACAGCUCAAGAGGAGAGCAGAGCCAGUAAUUGGCAUCCCUCAGAAGGGACAUCAGUGCCACCUGUCAGUGUCCAUCAGUGCCAGCUGUCAGUGCUCAUCCAUGCCACCUGCCAGUGCCCAUGAGUGCCUCAUCAAUGCCACAUAUCAGUGCCUACUAGUGCACAUCAAUGCCACUUAUCAGUGCCCAUCUGAGCUGCCUUUCAGUGUCACCUAUCAGUGUCAGUCAGUGCCACCUAUCAGUGAUGUCAAUCAGUGCCGCCUAGCAGUGCCAGUCAGUGCCACCUAUCAGUGC